AACGUUUAUUCAGCAAGUCUGAGGUGUGGCAGGGAGUGUAAAGACUGGGGGGAGAGGUUCUUAUCGGAGGAAAGAUAAAUGCUCGGGGCUGUGUAAAGGGAUUGUAAAGUGGUUUGUGAAACGGAGGGACGAAGCAUCCUCCUCCUCUCUCUCUCCGCUCUCGCACGCUGCUGCAGUCAGCCACAGCGGGCUCAGCAGCUCCCGUCAUUUUUCUCGGCUCUCUCCCGAGCGGCCGACUGCAUUCCAGCAACACCGAGGCCACUUUUUCAUCUGAAGAUCGACCUUGCUGUCUAGUCGACCGUUCUCCUAUUGGAUUACUGAAAGCCAGGCUUUUUCAUUUGUAUGGUGUGGUCUGUGUACAACAUGUUUAAAACGUGCUAAUAAGGCUUUGGACUGGAGAUCCGUGAGUAGGCUAUGGAUGUAGGCGGAUAAGAUGGAGAAGGGCAGAUAAAUGACGGAGAGGACAAAUUAAAUCUCCGCGUGUCUUCGUGGGCUCGGUGUGGAUGGUUCUCAAUUUUUCAUAAGCAGAAAAAGGAAAGCAUCGUUACAGCAAUCGGUUAUCUCCUGGAAACAGAGAGAAGCUGAAAUCCAGGCAGCCUCCGACACUUUCGGUACCUUAGACGGUGGAAAGAGCCUGAAGCCUGAUUCAGUCACCAAUCUCAACCUUCUAUUCAACUCCAGCAACUUUAAAGCUGCUUUCUGCCAAUGAAUUGUCCCCCCGGUUUACCAGCUGCAUUUAAUAAGUUUGAUGGAGAUCGUUGUACCUGUGGACAGAGUACUUUAUAAAAGCGUUGAAGCUGCGUGUUUACAAGUUCUGUUCCAAACACAAGCGAUGAUAGGUUUCCUAGUUUUAAUGUAACGGGAGAAGAGCUUGAUGACAGUCAUCUGCGUUGAUUUGAAUUGUUUGUCGGUUGCAAAAAGCUUACGAUCACAUUAAAAUUAUGUAAAUAACACAGAAUUGCAAAUGGGCUCUCUUCUCUCAGGAACACCAGCGUGUGCUCAUUCAUAGAAUUGCAUUCUUCACGAGCCACACGCAAUACCACCUUGCUCCCUCCAAGCCGAAAAGUGUAUAGAAGGAAUACACUGACUCCAAGCUUCGCUCAACCUUCAGCAUCCCCCAGCUAUGAAAAGGCUUUGCCAAAACCUCCCCCGUAGGCCGGUCUCCCGCUACUCUCUGACCUUUAUCCUUACUGUUCUAUCCUGCUCCUGCCCGGCUCUAGGCAAGAAGAAGCUCUACAUUGGAGCCCUGUUUCCCAUGAGUGGAGGCUGGCCUGGUGGACAAGCCUGCCUCCCCGCUGCUCAGAUGGCCCUGGACUUGGUGAAUAAUAGGACAGACAUCCUGCCUGACUAUGAGCUGGAGCUGAUACAUUAUGACAGUAUGUGUGAUCCUGGUGAGGCCACCAAGCUGCUGUAUGACCUUCUGUACACAGAGCCUAUCAAAAUCGUGUUGAUGCCAGGCUGCAGCUCUGUGUCCACACUGGUGGCCGAAGCUGCUCGCAUGUGGAACCUCAUAGUGCUGUCAUAUGGCUCCAGCUCUCCUGCUCUGUCCAACCGACAGCGCUUCCCCACUUUCUUCCGUACUCAUCCAUCUGCUACACUGCACAACCCCACUCGGGUUCAGCUCUUCCAGAAGUGGAAAUGGACCAAGAUUGCCACUAUCCAGCAAACAACAGAAGUAUUUACCUCAACUCUGGAUGAUCUGGAGGAGAGGGUGAAGGAGGCAGGGAUUGAAAUCAGUGUUCGUCAGAGCUUCCUAACCGACCCAGCUGUGGCUGUCAAAAAUCUCAAGCGUCAAGAUGCCAGAAUUAUUGUCGGCCUGUUCUAUGAGACAGAGGCAAGGAAAGUCUUCUGUGAGGUAAUGUUCUCAGUGUGUCCUGUGUCUAACUAUUGCUCUGUCAUGGUCUCCCGUAUCCAGACCUCUCAAGAGUUUCUUGCUCAGCUCAUGUCCAAACUUGGGGGUAAAAAUCCAGAAGAAACUGGUGGUUUCCAAGAGGCUCCGCUGGCGUAUGAUGCUGUGUGGGCUCUAGCGCUGGCCCUCAACAAAACCAUUGGGCCCCUUAGGGCCAAGGGUCAUCGUCUUGAAGAUUUCAACUAUAACAACCGAGAUAUCACUGCUGAGAUCUACCGAGCAAUGAACACCAGCUCUUUUGAAGGAGUGUCUGGUCAUGUUGUAUUUGAUGCUCAAGGAUCUCGAAUGGCCUGGACUUUAAUUGAACAGCUUCAAGGAGGAAGCUAUAAAAAGAUCGGAUACUACGACAGCACUAAAGGCAAUCUGUCCUGGUAUGGGAAUGACAAGUGGAUAGGUGAGGAACAUUCAUCUUCCUAUGCCCCUUUGUUUCUCUGUCUUAUACUCCACCCUGCACCCUUGUUCCCCCAAAUUCCUUUUUCCUCCCUCUGUUGUUACCCUCUCCUCUUUACCAUCUCACUGUCUGUGGUCAAAGAUUGGUGGUCAAUUUGCAUACAUUUUUUUAGGUUUUCUUUAGCAUAGAAUAGAAUAGAAUAGCCUUUAU